AUGACAGUCAUUCAUAAGCAGACAGAAGAAAUCCUUCGAGCUUGGUUACAUAACGUUGGAUUUGACCUCCGACAGGCAGCGCGGCCAUUUCACACAGAACUUUACGCGGAGCUCGAAGAAUGGAUCACUUCCCAGAAUCUCCAGGAGCACCAACUGAGCCGCAUUUUGGUGCUCUUGCCAGCAUGUACCAGCGCCGCAGAUAAGUGGUAUCCUCAUGCUACCCACCAGGUGAAACGAUACAUUGCGCUCUACACCACCUUUCUUCUCUAUGUAGACGAUAAAGCAGAACAGGACCUUGAAAGCAUCCUUCCCGAUCUUAAGCGAGUUUCAUCUGGUGCCUGCAAUGGUCUCCAUGCUUUAAAGUGCGAUGAUACUGUUGUGGAUCUGUGGUUGGAGCUCGUUGCUACUGAAACCGGGAAGCUGUAUGGUCCUUAUUCAACUGGGGUCAUUACCAAGGGCCUCGUCGACUUCAUGCUGGGGAAUACAGUCGAAUCAAUUUGCGCGGCAGGCCUGCUGAAGCUUCCAGCAAAGUUUGGACAAAGAGCAUCCAAGUUUGUACGUGACAAGACCGGCGCUGGGGAAGUAUAUGCCCAUUUCAUAUUCCCUGAGCAUCUUGCAGCUGAGAAUGGGCACUUGCCGACCUAUGCGCCCUUUGUUGCAUGUAUGCUGGACAUCAUUGACGAUGUGAACGAUAUUCUGUCGUUCUUCAAGGAGUCGGUGGUCGGAACCGAGAUGAACACGAACAUCAUGAACAGAGCUCGUACCUCAGGUUGCAGCCCUCAUUAUGUGCUAGAGCAAAUUUGCAGGGAAACAGUUGAGACUGCGGAUGCUGUCAGUAAUGCAGUUGGGGGAAAGAGUGUUGUUGGGAAGCUUUGGAAGGACUUUAUUAACGGCUAUAUUAUGUGGCACAUUUGUGAGGACCGGUAUCAGCUGAAGGAAAUUGGGAUCGCGAUGAGACACGGACAAACAGUGUCUAAUAGUAUUGAAUAA